AUGGAGGGCCAGGUUGCGACCCUCGUGGCCGGCAAAGGCCAGAACGUGCGCCUGGAGCGCGUCACCCUCGUGAACGCGACCCUGGGGCCCCCCUCGGACCCCCGCGGCGCGCUGAGCCCGCGGUGGCUGGACACGUCGCGCGCGGCCAGCCUGUGGCUGGUGGACACGCUGGUGUUCACGAGCGCCAAGGUCCUGGGCCAGUACACAGCGUUCCUGCUGUCCCAGAGGGCCGCCGCCGGCGGGCGCACGCAGACGCGCUUCUACACGGACAACCGCACGUUCCUGCACCUCAACGAGUGGACGGCCCCCUCAGGGGCGCGCGCCACCAACGUGGGCAUCCUGCUCGUCGGCGCCGGCGACAACCAGCUGAGGCAGCCGCUCGCCGGCGCCCCCCUCGAGCCGCCGGCGCCGGUGCUGCUGUCUGCAACCAACGAGACGCUCGUGCCGCUGCUGAGGUGGCACGCGGCGGUGCAGACGCCGGAGCCGCUGCUGGUGUACCUGGGGAGCAACGUCACGCUCGGCGGCGGCACGAGCGCCGCGGACGGCGGCGCCGGCGCCGGCGCCGGCGCGGCCGCCGGCGUGCGGCUCGCGAGCGCGAGCGCGGCGAGCGCGAAGAUGCUUGCGGCGCACGACAACAUCACGGUCGCGCGGCCCGUGAUCCUCGUCGGCCACGCGCGGGACCCGACCUCUAUCGAUUUCCGCAUGCGGGUCAACCAGUUCGCGGCCUCGGGGCCGUUCGCAAACCUCACCUUGGAUUCGCUGAUCUUGGAGAACCUCGGGUUUGGGGACGUGAUCUCGGCGCCGACGGCGGAGGGCGUCAACCUGCAGAGCACGGUGUCGUUCUGGCCGUUCUGGUUCAACCGCAACGAGCGGCGGCUGACGCUGCGCAACUGCACCGCCAUCAUACCGCGCUCAGAGAUUGACUUUAUCAUCUACUGGGCCUCCAUGUUUGAGGCGGGCGUGCCAUCGGUCGACUGGAUGAGGACCGAGAUUGGCAUAACAGCCUACAAGGUCCGCAACCUGAACGAUUCGGGCGACGCUUACACAAUUGUGGACCUGCGGGGCAAGGGCCUGACCUUCGAAAACGUGCAGCUGCAAGUCAAGAACCGCGUCGCGCCGCAGCUCCCGCUGCCGGCGCCCGACGGCCGCGUCGCGGCGCCGCUGCAGCCGACCGCGCGGCGGCCGCCGCGGCUGCAGAGCGUCCGCAACACGCGCGAGCUGCAGGGCGGCACGGCGGUCGACCUGGGGGCGGGCGCGGCGGCGCCCGCGGCGCCGCUGCUGCGGCUGCCGGCAGGCGCGGAGCCUCGGUUUCUGGAGCUGCGGUUCAUGACGCUGACGGGGAUCGGGCCCGGCGGCGUCGCCGGCGUGGGCGGCGGCGGCGGCGGCGGCGCCGGCGACCCUGUCGCGGCGUAUUUUGCUUCCGAGGCGGCGGCCGCGGACGCCGCGGCGCCCUCCAGCAGCCGAGCCGCAAACGCCAGCGGCCGCGCCUCGAACAGCAGCAGCCGCAGCGGCGGCGGCAGCCCCAGUGGCGGCCGCGCCGCCAACACCGGCGGCCCCGGCCCCAGCAUCAGCCGACGCGCCGCCAACGUCAGCGGCGGCCAUGGCGGCGGCCGCGCCGCCAACGCCAGCAGCCCCGGUCUGCACGGCAGCAGCCACCCUGCUGGCUCGAGCAGCCACCCUGCCAACCUCACCACAGCCGCCGCCAUCGUCGACGGCGACAGCUCCGACGCCGCUGCUGCGCGGCCCAAACCCUCAAGGGAGCUGCCACCUGGCCUGCGGCGGCGCAGCCUGCUCGACGCGCAGCCCCUCAUCGAUCGGCGCGGCGAGGCCGACCGGGACCCGCUGGGGCCCCCGCAGGGGCGCGGGCUGGCGGUCGCGGGCGCCGCGCCGCCGUCGGAUGCGGGCGCCGCGCCGCCGGCGCGGUGCUGGGGGAUGCUGCUGUGGGCGCUGGCGCGGGACUUCAACAGUGUGUGGUCAUUGGGCUGA